AGCAUUAGUGCGUCAUCGUUACCGGCGAUCCGUUUUGUUUACAUGUGUUUUACAGCUAGAUGAGCGCUAGCGCUGGACCCAGACGGCCAGCGGGCGCCUUCCUCUGGGCAGGUUCUGACUGGUUCUAAGAUAAAGGCCUGCUGUGGUUUUAUUAGGGAAUGUGUUCUGUUGUCGUAUUAGGUCGUGUUUAAUACGUUUCUAGCGGGUUUACCUUGUUUAGACUAGUGUCGAGUUGUUUCGCUUUGUAUUCCUGCCGUCCCGGGAUGCUCCUCCCGGCAUGCCAGCUGCUCGCUACCUGUCAGCUGAUUCACAGAGCAAAGAAGAGCCGAACCCGGUGGAGUCACCGUCAGUCCUCUCUCCUGCCGGGACAACACGUCGGUGGAUGAGCCACCAUUCGUCACUUUAGAGAACAUUGCUACUGAAGGAGAAAAAGGGAAACGAAACCGAAGCUCUUUUUUUUUAUUUGCAUCAUGCUCGAACCAGUUGGUCUUGAAUGAUCUGAAGCCCCGUCGGCCGCUCAGCUUGAUGAAAGCGCGCGCAGAGUUCGCCGUUUUAAGUCUCACGAGGCAGCAUGUCGGAGCCGCAGAGGUCUCUGGCCGCCGUCAGGAGGCUCAGCUAUGCCGUGGGACACUUCCUCAACGACCUGUGCGCCUCCAUGUGGUUCACAUACCUGCUGGUCUUCUACCACUCGGUGCUGGGAUUCCGCAACACAAACGCAGGUGUCCUGCUGCUGGUGGGUCAGGUAGCCGACGCCAUCUGUACACCCCUAGUCGGCUACGAGUCCGACCAAACGUCUGGCUGUGGAAACUAUGGAAAGAGGAAGACCUGGCAUUUAGUUGGUACGCUGAGCGUGGUGGUGUCGUUCGCCUUCAUCUUCAACCGGUGCCUGGGCUGCGACCCCCAAACUCCUCAGUGGGCCAGCUUGAUCUACUUCGCUCCGUUCAUCAUCGUCUUCCAGUUCGGCUGGGCCGCCACGCAGAUCUCCCACCUGUCUCUCAUCCCAGAGCUGGUGACGUGUGAGCAUGCCAAAGUAGAGCUCACUGCAUACAGAUAUGCCUUCACCGUCAUCGCCAACAUCACAGUGUACGCGCUCGCUUACCUGCUGUUCCACAUGCAGGCUGGGAAGGACGAAGACUCUCUGGGACCUGCAGACAUUGACAUCUUCAGGAACCUGUCGUUGAUUGUGUUGGGGAUCGGCGUGCUCUUCGCCUUUUUCUUCCACCUGGGAACCACCGAGGGCCACAACCAUCCAGCAAGCCCAGAAUCCGGAGGAGAGGAGGGCAGGAGGAGGAAGAUGACGGAGGAGGAAGAGGAGGCUGAAGGGGAGCGAAGGCCACUGUUAGCUACUACUUCUCCUCGGGUUCCUUCCUCCCUGCUGCAGUGGAAAUGUUGGCUCCAGCAGCCGUCGUUCUACCAGGUGGCCCUACUCUACAUGUCCACCCGGCUAAUCGUCAAUCUCUCUCAGACGUACAUCUCCAUGUAUCUUAUCAACACCCUCGGGCUGCCCAAGAACUUUAUUGCUACCAUCCCGUUAGUGAUGUACGUGAGCGGCUUCCUGUCCUCCUUCAUCAUGAAGCCUGUCAGCAAACGCAUCGGAAAAAGUCUCACUUACUUCGUGGGCCUCCUGCUGAUCAUGGCCUUCUCCUACUGGGUGCUGCUGGACGACAGGAUGGGUCAGCAGAUCUACGGAGCGGCAGUGCUGCUGGGGGCCGGAUCGGCCACCAUCCUGGUCAUAUCGCUCGCCAUGACGGCCGAGCUGAUCGCAGAUCAGACGCAAAGUGGAGCGUUUGUGUACGGAGCCAUGAGCUUCACCGAUAAGUUGGCCAAUGGAGUCGCAGUCAUGAUGAUUCAAGCUCUACACCCCUGCCAUACGGUGGUGUGCUGCCCGGCCUGUGUGUGGUUUUAUCACUACGUCAUGGUCAUUGUGACGGGGGGCGUGGCCGUCGUCGCUGCCUUGGCUCUCUGCUCCAUCCUCAUCUGGCCGAUCAAGAUCAGACCACGUGGCCUGCAAGUUGCCGCUGAUGCUACAACCACAGUUAACUAAGAAAAGCCAGACGGGGCCCGCCCCUCCAGGAACGCCCACUCUGACCUGGGAUGGCCAGCAGGGGCUCUCACAGUUGUUCCUCGCUGAGAUUAGCUUCGAGUUUUUUAUUGCAAUGUAGCCGAGAUUCAUAGGAGUGACCCGACUGCUCAGCUGAUAGGAACAAAUAAAGCUAAAUGUUCCUUAUUCCUCCUCCACACUAGGCUGAUGCUGCAGCCUGGUCGCACCUUUUCCAAAAAUGUUUGUUAGAUAGAAUGAUCAUACGGGUCCUUUUUGUUCUGUUGUAGUGCUGAGGACUUAGAGUGAAAGCAAAAGAAGCCCACCUUUUGUUGUUUGUUGUUUUAGACUUUUUAAACACUAUCGCCAGUCCAAGGAAAGGAUGACAAAGGGAACAUUUUAAAUCCAUUUCCUUGUCGGCAUCGGCCAGUUGGGUGGAAGUCUUUCCACAGCCUGGUAAACCACUACAUUCAGUCCCUGAGGCAGGCUGUGGAUAAACCGGAGCUGAUCCUGAGACGCUGCUGGAGAGGGACCAUGCAACGCACCAAUGGCACUUAAACAGCAACCAGCCUGAAGGAGUUUAGCAUUUCUACUCUUUUUGUUCCUUUUAUAUCUGGGUUUGUUUUCCUCAGGAGAAACUAAACUGUUGUGUGGAAUUUUUUUUUAUAUAUAUAUAUUUUUAAUCAUUUGUUAUACCAAACCAAAAAUUAAUAUAAAACUACUAAUUAUCAAACUUGACCUAAAAAAUGUUUUUAUGAAAAGAAGCUUGAUUAGUUGUGUGACUUUGAAGUACUUUAAAAAGGGAUCAAUGUGUAUUGUAUGUAUUUGUAGUAUAAUGAAGGGAAUCUCCUUGGUGGAGAAGCAGAACUGGAACUUGUGUCUGACUGGGAACUACAAGGAAGCGCUGUUGACCAAACUCUGGACCAAAGCUGUGCUUUCUGACCUCAGUCACAACCUAAACUAUACCUGGGUCUGCUGCCCAAGUCACCUCUGAUAAAAUGUAUGUGUGCUAUUGAAGGCAUUAUGAUCAAAUGAGGUAAAAUAAAACAUGCCUGUGUUUAACCUGAG